AUGUGGUUUGAAUGCAAAUGCCCAUCUGAUAAUCAGGCCUUAGCUGUUCUUUGGAAUUUAUCUCUUCCACAUAUUGCCUGGGGCAUCUGGAAAGAAAGAAACAAUAGAGUCUUUAGGGAUUUGGAAACUCCUGCUUUUGUUGUGGCUACUACAAUUCACAAUGCUAUCAAAGAGAACUUUCUCCACUCCUACCCCAGUAGAAAAUAUGACUCCCCCAUCCCUACUCUCUGGGAGGAUUCAGAUACUAUCAAUCGGUGGCAAAUUGAUUGGAAUAAUGCCAACCUAGUCUACAAAACCAACCAGUGCAGACAAAAUGUUAUAUGGCAUCCUCCCCCUAUAGGCUGGAUCAAAAUCAAUGUGGAAGGGGCAGCCAAAGGAAAUCCUGGGCCGGCCGGGUGUGGGAGAGUGGCUAAGAAUCACUUUGGUCUGCUGGUUUCCAUGAUGGCGCUCCCACUGGGCACCCAGACUAACCACUACACGGAAGCCAGUGCUGCCCACUUUGGGUUACACAUGGCUAAAAGAGAAGGCUUUACUAAAGUGUGGCUGGAGUCCGUUUCGAUAAACACUGUCAACUGCCUGAGUGGACGCACGGAUCCUAGCUGGAUAAUUGCCAGCUUGAUCAAGGACUGCCGAAAUAUAAUUAAUGAGCUGGCAGAUUUUAAAAUCUUGCACAUAUACCGGGAAGGCAAUAAGGUGGUGGAUCUACUAGCCAAUCUGGUAGUGGGAUACGUGGCAACCAACUGGUGGAGUAGCAGGGCUGCUUUCCCUGAAAAACUGUGGGAUUUGGCACAUAAUGUUUACUAUGUUAAUCAAUGA